CCAUUUUCCCUAGUCUGCUUGUCAAAGUUACACGAAAGAUAGUUGGCAGUCACAACGUCUACAACUAGCUAAUUCCCCUCUAGAAAAAUUUUUGUUAAUGAAAUAUUUGACAGUUCGAUGUUUAAAUUUGCGUGUAGGGUAUAACUGUUAUGGUUUCUAAGAAAACCGAACAGUAUGCAAAGAGGUGUUUAAAAACGAUAACGCUUGUGUUCUUUUAUACUUUCUUGGCAAGGCUUCAGUACCUAACGAACCGAAAGCUUGCUGCAAAGUUUGACUUCCGAUCAGCUGAACUAAUGCUAGUCUUUCAAAGUGGCGCUGCUGUUUCGGUGUUGUGUUAUGUUUCUAAAUGGAGGCAAAAAAGUCUUCCUCAUCUUAACCUGGUUUAUAUAAGUACACUGUUUCCCUUUGCCAUAUUGUUCUUCAUAUCUGCCAAAUGCGGGAUCCUUGUAUUCAAGUCGAGAGGUAUAUUGGAAACGAGUCCUUUUAAAGUAUAUUUAUUUCCCCUCAGUCUGGAAAUGGAGAAAGUGCUAUUCCGCAGUAAAGUCUCAUGUAUCACUCGACUGGCUUCUUUCGGUGCUCUCCUUCUCUCCUUUCUAUGCUACGUUAGAGAAGACGAGAUUACAUAUGGUUGGUUGCAAUGUGUAGUCAGUCGAGCAACGUGUGCAGUGUUCGUAAAUGGCGUGAAGAAAAUUUUAAUAGAAAGAGAAUACGGACCUAUCCAACUUCUCUAUGGGAUAUAUCUCUUAUUGUUUUUCAUUUCUGCUGUCGUAGGAAUCGUAAGUUUCUCAGUUUUCGACGGGUUAAAGGGUCCUCCUUGGAUGCAAGGAGAGUUCUUAUGUGCUCUUCUGUUGUCGAUUUUAUUGGGUAUUGGUCAUCUCGUCACUCAACUAUGCUUGACAUAUUUUUCCAGCCCAACAUUUGUUCUAGUCCUAACUUAUGUAGCGCAAGGAUCCUGGAGCUUAAGGAAUUGGGAAAUCCGUCCUUUUUCAUGUAGAACUCUUGUCUCUUUUGUUAUUUUGAUUUCAAUAUUUUCGUUUGUAUCCAACUCGAUGCAUGAAAAGUGGACUGCUGAGAGUUUUGAAAUUCCAUCAUUAUCUUGAAAUAGGUAGAGUUCCAAGUUUGUCAUCUGGAGAACAGUUGACUUGCUAAAAGUGUAAACUCACGCUCUUCUUAACGAAUCCUUAGACAGAACUAUUUGUGUGUUCAAUCAUGAACAUUGCUUGCUGACUUUCAGGAUAAGUCUCACGAGAAAUAAUUUUGCAGUAAAUUGGAAGGCAAAGAUCAAUUUACGAACCAAUCCGUGUCACAAAUGAUAUGAACUUUAAUAACUACUACUUUGUGAGGGAUGCAAUAGUACAUUCUCUCGCACUGUGAUGUAUAAUAUCAUUGUCAAUACGUGAAUCCUCUUUCGUUCUGCCUAAGUCCCUGAGACUAUAAAAACUCUAUUUUCGAA